AUGUCUGGUCAUGGUAAAGGAGGAAAGGGCCUCGGUAAAGGUGGUGCUAAAAGACAUCGUAAGGUUUUGCGAGAUAACAUUCAAAGUAUUACAAAGCCCUCUAUUCGCCGCUUGGCUCGUCAAGGUGGUGUCAAGCAUAUUUCAGGGCUUAUUUAUGAGGAGACCCAUGGUGUUUUGAAGGUGUUGUUGGAGAAUGUGAUCCGCGAUGCUGUUACCUACACUGAACACACUAAGAGGAAAACUGUUACAGUAUGGAUGUGGUGUAUGCUCUAA